AUGGAUCUCACAAACCUCUUGCUCAUGUGCCAAGACCCUACUAAGAGGUCUGAGGCUGAGGCGCAGCUUGCCACUGCGGAACAGAGCAACCCGGCGCAGCUGUUCCCUCUACUGGCCGCUGAGCUCGCCAAUGAGGAGAAGCCCCUUGGGGUCCGACAGUUGGCGGGUUUGGUUUUGAAGAACGCCCUUAGUAAGAAGGACAAGGCCAGGAAGAAGGAGUGCCAAGAGAGGUGGCUUGCACUCGAUGAGAAUGUCAAGGCUGGCAUCCGAGAGCUGUCUGUGAAGACUCUGACAAGCAGUAAAGAGGUUGUUGCGAGGAAGACUAGUGCUCAGGUCAUCUCUGCUAUUGGUGGCAUUGAGUUGCCGAGGGGUCAGUGGAAGGACCUAGUCCCGGGUCUUGCCGAGCAGGCUCAGAAGGGCGAUCCUCUCACCAAACAGGUUGUGCUGACUUGUUUUGGGUACCUCUCGGAGGAGUUAGCCACUCUGGUCGCUGAGGCUGGGGUGGAGUUGCCUGCUGAUACAUCAUCACAGAUCGUCACGGCUGUGGUGCAGGGCAUGAGGGAUGAGUAUGUGCCUGCCAAGUUGGAAGCUACCAAGGCAUUCUACUAUGUGCUGAUACUUGCCGAGAGCAAUUUCAAUGACGAGAACCAGCGGAACUUCAUGAUGGAAGUUGUGUGUGAGAACGCCAAGCAUGCCGAUGACAGCAUCAAAGUGGCAGCAUAUGAAGAUCUGGUCCAGGCUGUAUCAGAAUACUAUGACUUCAUGGCCCCCUAUAUGCCGAUCAUAGGAAACCUCUCGUUUGAGUGCAUUUCGAAGGAGCGUGAUAACCUGGCCAUACCCGCAAUGGAGCUCUGGUCUUCUAUUUGUGACGAGGAGAUCUUCUUGAAGGACAUUGAGGAGGAGGCUAAGAAAGAAGGUCGUGCGCCGCCUCGCCAAUCGCAGAACUUCAUCAGACAAGCUCUGGGCUUCCUCAUACCAUUGCUGACGGAGAAGAUAGCGGCUGCUAAUCAGCAACUUGAUGAAGAAGAUGAUGAUGAUACAUGGAGUGCUGGGAUGGCCGCUGGCACUUGCCUAUCACUAGUGGCACAAGUUGUUGGUGAUGACUGCGUUGAACCUGUACUUGUAUUCGUGAAUAACAACUUUGGAGCUCCUGACUGGCACCAUCGGGAAGCAGCCAUUCUAGCAUAUGGCUCGAUUAUGGACGGACCAUCCACAGCGAAAUUAGGGCCACCGGUCCAAGCGUCGCUACCUCACAUAGUGGCAGCUCUUAACGAUCAGUCUGUGGCCGUCAGGGACACUGCUGCUUGGACGAUCGGCCGGAUUGCACAGUUCCACACGCCGAUAUUUGCCCAGAACCCGCAGAUGCUGGCAGAGCUGAUUCCUGUGCUUUUCAACAAGCUUCAAGAUGAGCCUAGGGUUGCUGUGAAUAUAUGCUGGAUUUUCGACGUGCUUGGAAGCGACCAGGAUAGGGAUGCUAGCACCACCAUCCUCUCGCCCUACUUCAUUCAGAUUGUUCAGAAGCUGUUGGAGACCGCUCAACGUCCCGACGGAGCGAAGCGAGGCCUUCGUAAUGCGGCUUAUGCGGCGGUUAGCUCUAUUGUGAGUGGCAGUGGAAGAGAUGUGCAGAAGCACAUGCCAGAACUGGCUGGUGAGAUGGCAUCACGAUUGGAGCAGAUUUUGAACCCCGCGGUGGUGCAGCAGCUUAACGAUAAGGAGUGUGAGUUACAUGGUCAUAUCUGCGGCAACUUGCAGGUAGUGACGCAAAGAAUGAGGGGUAAUGCCGAUAUGGAGCCAAUGGCCGAUAAGUUGAUGCAGCUCUAUAUGGGAGUUUUCGAGCUCUAUCAGCAUCUCCAGCAAGCAUCACACCCGAAUGUUGUUGUGGUCCAUGAGGAAGCUCUCUUGGCAGUCACUAGUUUGGCGUCCGCACUUGGGGAGAAAUUCAACAAGUACAUGCCGCAGUUCGGUCCUGUCGUGAUAGCAGCAAUAAGCAAUCAUGAGGAGUUCUCGGUAUGUCAAAUGGCGAUAGGUGCUGUUGGUGACUUGGCGAGGGCAUUGGAUAGCACCCUGGCUGGAGGACCGAAUGAGCCACUGCUUGACAAGAUGAUGGAGGCGAUGGUUAUGCUGAUGCAGAAUCAAGAUGUGGAUAAGAGGCUCAAGCCUGACGUUUUCCGAGCUAUAUCGGACGUUGCUCUAGCGGUGAAGGGAGCAUUCGCCAAGUACCUGCCUACUGUGAUGGCAGUAGCGCAACAGGCGACUGCUAUUACGGCGAGCCCUGAUGCCGACGAGGAAUGGAUUGAUUAUGUCAACGACUUGCGGAGCUCAGUUUUGGAGGCAUAUACGGGGAUCAUACAUGGUAUGCGAGAUGGCAACAAGUUGGACCUGUUGAAAGACUACGUCCAAAGCAUUCUCGAGUUCGUUGUAAAGGUGGCUGAUGAUGGCUGCAGUUCUCCAAAUACGCUCAAGUCGGCUCUUGGUGUAGUAGGAGAUUUGGUGAUGGCAUUCCAACAGCAACUUACCUCCUACUUGCGGGACGCCCCUUUCUUGUCUAAGCUGGUCACUUUGGGUAGCUCUCUCGGUGGUCGCGACCCUCAAGUAGCUCAAACUACACAGUGGCUGCAGAGACUUUUCGCUCGCUAUGGCGCGCAGUAGAUGGUCAUUAUGUGAACGUUUGAUCAUGAUUGUUUUGCUGGUUCAGCAGUAGCACUUCAUAGUAGAAGGGGUUUGUAGUCGUAGUUGCCACAACUACUCUGGCCGUUAAAUCUAGAACAGUAUUAUCAUCAGUUAUACCUCCAUGGCUAACUCGUAUAUACAAGUUUCUGCGUAACUGCUUACAAUCAGCCUAAGCGCCAUUAUCAUCAUAUUUACUGCUACUCCUAUCUCAUCAUCACUCACUGGAAUUACCGCAAUGAAAUAAGAACUUACUCUCGUCGCUGUAUCGGAAUAUUCGCGUUUAAUAAUAUACUGCAAUA